AUGAGGACCCAGUUUGGUAAGCUGCUGAAACCAAAAGCCAGCGGCAGUGGCCAGAAGUCCACCACCCCCAAACAGAUGUGGCUUAUGAAGCAGCUGGACUUCUUAAAGUCACAUGUUGUCCCCCGACACACAGAGUCCACUCUGACACUUGGCACAGACUCUGAUGAUGGCGAGGAGGACUCUAUUGUCAGCAUGUCCAACACCCCCAGCCCAGUGACUGUGACUCCAGAUGAAGAAACCACCCCACCCACAGAGUCCACAGGACAGGCAGUUAAAAGGCCCAGGGCUACAAAACCCACAAUGAAGGCAGCUGACAUGGAGAUGGUCAAACUCUCCCUCUUGCAGAGGGUUCAAAAUACUCUGGAGAGUCCACCUGCUGAUGCGGAAGAGGUGUUUGGCCAACAGGUAGCCUCAGAGGUGAGGUCCAUAAAGGACCGGGUCCUUCAGCUGAGGCUCAAGAGGGACAUUAUGAACCUCAUCUACGAUGCUCAGGAGGCAGAGAUGGCCUUCCAGAUGCCAAACACAAACACCUCUCAUCCUGGCAGCUAUGGUCACCCUGGCCCACACCCAAGGCUGCAAUACCAAGGAAUGCAACCUUAUCAGCCCCAAGCCCCAAGUCCCCAAGACCCAUCUGCAUCAACCCAGCCGAUGUAUAGGAUGCUGAAUAACUAG